AUGAGUUCUAACUUCGAUGCCUUGGCAUUUGUUGAAGCCGAGAAAGACAAAGCAAAUCUGGCGUUCACAGAUGACAAACAAAUGGCUCGUUUUGAGCUUGGUGUUUCUAUGCUAGUCUACAAGUGGGAAGCACUUGAUUUAGCGGUUCAAAAUGGUUGGGGAGGGCCAGAAUCUGCUGAAAAACGCGACUGGGUUACCGCUAUUAUUGUUGAUUUGUUUAAGACCGGAAGGGUCGUAGACGUAGCCUUGAUUGAGGAGACAUUAUUAUAUGCCAUGAUGGAUGAGUUCGAGACCAACGUUGACGAUGACUCUGCCCUGCCUAUUGCAGCGCAGAUAUUGGAAAUCUAUAAGCAAUGCGAUGCUCAAAACUUUUCCAACGUUGAGAUGCUUUACGAGGAGUGGACCGAGAAGCAGAAAAGUAAGCAAGCUGAUCGCGAAGUCCAGAUUGGUGGGGAUCCUUGGAACCCAGACGUUUCAGAUAAUGAGAAUGACGACGAAGAUGACGAAGACGAAUCUGACCAGGACCACGCGCGUUUGGUUCAGGACGAUGACGGCGACGUAAAUAUGGAUGAUGAAAAAGUGGAGCCAGUAGUGGAUGAAGACGGCUUCGAACUUGUCCAGAAAAAGAAUAGAAGGGCCCGUAAUUGA